CUGCAGCAGAUCCCAGGUUUUGGGUGAACGCGUUAAUGUCUCACGCCAAGUCCAGAGAGACACGUUGACCAAAAAGCAACCGAAUGCUUACAACAAAAUCACAUUACCGGAAACUGCUUGCAACCUGUUCCUUUUUUUUUGUUAAUCCCUUCUGAAUCGAAAGUCUUUAUUUUUUCCCUCGCUCCCCUUCUCUCUCUCCCUCUCCCUCUCUCUCUCUCUCUGUCUCUCUCUCUCUCUCCCUUCAUCGCUGACAGCUCUGAGGCUCGGAACUUUCCACGGCUAGCUGUGCAACGAAUGGACCGGCUGAACCGGCCCAACGGAUCCUUCCCACGGCGCAAGGGAGACGGGGAGAGAAGUGGGCCGCUGAUGGAUGGCACCGGGUAAAGACUGACACGGAGGCGAGAGGAUAAUCUCAUCAGAAGCUCAUCAGAAGUUAUCGUUGACAGUGAAAAUACAGUGCCAUCGGAGUAAUUGGGAACACAUCUUGUUGGACUAGCGGCCGGCUAACGAAAAAAUCCCUAUAUUUAAAUAUACAUAUAUAUAUAUAUUUACAGAAUUAAAUUAUAUAUAUAUAUAUACAUAUAUAUUCAAAUAUAAACAGGCGCCAACCAAUCUCACAGCAAGACUGCAAGAAUGAGCAAGUCAGCCGGAUCAACAAGUCGCAUCUUGGACAUCCCCUGCAAAGUGUGUGGGGAUCGCAGUUCAGGCAAACACUAUGGCGUGUACGCGUGUGACGGCUGCUCGGGGUUCUUCAAGCGCAGCAUCCGCAGGAACAGAACCUACGUUUGUAAAUCAGGAAACCAGGGCGGAUGUCCCGUCGACAAGACGCACAGAAAUCAAUGUCGAGCCUGCCGGCUGAAAAAGUGUCUUGAAGUUAACAUGAACAAAGACGCUGUGCAGCAUGAGAGGGGGCCCAGGACGUCCACAAUCAGGAAGCAGGUGGCGCUGUAUUUCCGGGGCCACAAGGAGGUGAGCGGAGGGAUCACUGCGUACCCCUCGGCUGCUCUGCCCGGCCCGGCCUUCUUCACCGCCGUAACCCAGCUGGAGACCCACAACAUCGACCUGACCGCCGGCUCAGACCGACACGCCCUGGUGGGAUUGCCACAGCCAACACCAAAGUACCCGCACGAGGUAAACGGAGCGCCCAUGUACCUGUACGAGGUGGCGACGGAGUCCGUGUGUGAAUCUGCCGCCAGGCUGCUCUUCAUGAGCAUCAAGUGGGCUAAGAGCGUGCCAGCAUUCUCCACACUGCCAUUCCAGGACCAGCUCAUCCUUCUGGAAGACGCCUGGAGGGAACUCUUUGUGCUGGGAAUCGCUCAGUGGGCCAUCCCGAUCGACUCCAGUACGCUGCUGGCCGUGUCCGGUAUGAAUGGUGAUAACACGGACUCGCAGAAGCUGAACAAGAUCAUUGCGGAGAUCCACGCGCUGCAGGAGGUGGUGUCCAGGUUCCGUCAGCUCCGUGUCGACGCCACCGAGUUCGCCUGCUUGAAAUGCAUCGUGACGUUCAAAGCCGUUCCGACUCAGGGUGGCUCGGAGCUGAGAAACUUCCGGAACGCCUCGGCGAUCGCAGCGCUCCAAGAUGAGGCGCAGCUCACUCUUAACAGCUACAUCCACACCAGAUACCCCGGCCAGCCGUGCCGCUUUGGAAAGCUGCUGUUACUCCUGCCAGCGUUGCGUUCCGUCAAUCCCUCGACCAUCGAAGAGGUGUUUUUCAAGAAAACCAUCGGCAACGUGCCGAUCACAAGACUGUUGUCAGACAUGUACAAAUCCAGCGACAUUUAACCCCCCCCGACCACCGCAGCCGGAUAAUCAGUCUCACCCGCCGUUCUAAGUCAAACCGCUCCAGCAGACUAACAGAACUCGUGGCUAUUCCUGUCAAAAGAAACGUUGCGUUUGCCUGUGUCCCAAAGGCCAAGGGGCUGUUAAUAUCGCGUAGCUGGCCGUAUCGUACUUGUGAACCGCCCGCCCAACAACUUGAGCUUCUUGGAGGAGUCGUUGGGUCGAACUGCAGAUACUGGGUCACAUCGAAGACAAGACACUCCAGACAUUUUUGUGUCUGUCUGUCUGUCUUAUCUUUCGAGCUAUUUGGAGACGCCAUCAAUGACUGAGUUUGAGAUGUUCUUCGAAACAAAAGCCAUCGGAAGAUUGUCGAGGCUGUAGGGGUUUCUUUCUGCCGACGGUGGCCAGAGGUUGCUCAGGUGCGUUGGCGGAUGGCUUGGACUUCCCCGCUGACCUGAAUGGAAUGGAAGAAAGAGAACGCGUUCAAGAGUUCCAACCCACCAACACGCCAAACCUCUAAUACAACCCUUGCCAGAUGACAAGGUGGUCUUCAAAGCACAUUCAUCAUUUGAUCUGCCAGCUCUAUCAUGGUGAACCCCUUGCAGUGAAUAAACAGCCCAGGCUAUUGGAGAGA